AUGGGCCCCACGAACAUACAACAUACCCACAACCUGUAUCGCGGAGUACCCAACCCCUUUUUGAAACCAUUCGAUUUUCCUGACCAGUGGCUCCUUUUUCACUUGAUCUUCUUGCUCUCUCCCCUCAAAGACGAGGAGGUGAAUGCACUUCACUUCAGUGCGCCUCGACCUUUAUCCUACAUCUAUAUCUAUGGCCUCAUCCCGUUCAACAGGCAAGCGCCUCCCCAUCAGCUGCCAGGCCUGCCGAACACGAAAGAUCCGAUGCUCGCGCGACGGCCGGCCAUGUCAAACAUGUCUGAGCAAUCCUCGCCCGGUGAUAGCGUGGUACAGAACGAACUGCUGGCCCGAAUUCGCAAUCUAGAAGCCAUGCUCCAGAAGCAGAUGACCUCGCACGCCAGCACACCCACCGGUGGGGCAGUCUCGCCACUAGGAGGGACGAGUGCAGCUGGUAGUUUCUCCGAGCCUGAUAAUGGCUCUGGAUUGGAGACUUGGGACUCCUUCGGCCCCAUGUUGGAUAAUGUUGGCACGCUUCAUACUUCUCCUUCUGGCCAUGUACGCUAUGUGCCACUAGCUUCCCAAUGGGAGUCUCUAGUGGCGAAAAGUCCCGCUGCGGAGUGUUUGCAGAAUUUUGAUUCGGAUGCCGCAGAGGACGAUGAUGAUUUGCAAAUUCCGCUGGCGAAGAAUGGGAGUAUAUCGCGUGCCGAGCUGUUGGCGAUUCUCCCGCCUGGUCGGUAUUGUGAUACUCUGAAGGAUGUUUAUUUUCAGGUGUUUUCUACUGUUUUUCAUAUUCUUCACGACCUGACGUUCGAAGCUGAGUAUCAGCAUUUCUGCCAUGAUCCAGGUAGCGUGUCUACAUCAUGGCUGGCUUUGCUGUUCGCAAUUCUGGCUAUUGCUGUAAGCGCACUAGAUGAUGAUCAUCCUCUGCUGUCUGAUCUGGGACGAGAGCGAGCGGUUAGCCGGAAUAUCAAAGUGCUGUCAGCAAGAUAUCGAUCCGCCGCGUUGCGGUGCCUUGCUGUCGAUGGGGUGAUAUCACGACAAUCGAUCAAUUCAUUACAAGCUUUAGUACUCAUAAAUUACGCCCGGGUCCACCGCGGUCUACCGAUCUGGACAUUGCUAGGAUUCACACACCAUGUUGCAAUAUCAAUGGGUUGUCAUUUAGACCCGGAGCGGUUUACUCUUGGGCCAAUUGAGCGAGAAGAGCGACGGCGGGUCUGGGCUGGAUUAAUGAUGCUGUACACCGUCCAAAAAACAGCAUUUGGAAGCCUCGACCAGCAGACUAUAACGCAAGACGUGAAAAUGCCCGCAGACAUUGACGACGUCGACCUACUCACCAGUCCAAGCUCAAAAAGACCAGCACCUUCGCCAUACCCCCGCCCAACACAAAUGACCUACCUCCUUUUGAAUUUCCGACUAUACAGAAUCUCUUCGAAGGUUUGCGAAACGAUAUUCAGCUACCCGAAUACAUCCCGCUUCACCAUCUCCCACCUGGAAGCCGAGAUCAUAUCCGUCCGUGAAAUGGUCGACGCCCGCUAUACACCCGAUACAAACAAGCCCCUGCUCGUUCACCACCAAGCCAACCACCACAUUCUUUACAGCCAGAUCCACCAACUCCUCCUCCUCCUUCUCCGUCCAAGUCUCUGCCGCUACCUCCAAGGCGAGAUUACACCUGAAACAUGCGCUACAAGGGCAAAGUGCAUCGCUUCCGCCAAGGCUUCACUUUCGAUCUUUGAAACUCUCCUCGAAACACCAUCGUUCAAGCCCUACAAAUGGUAUACCGGCGGACUAGGCAGUUUUCAUGCGUUCCACGCUGCAGUCACAUUAGCUGUCAUCCUGCUCAUUCCUGAGGGCCAGCACGAGUAUGAAGAGCUCAAAGAUAUCCUCGAUCGAGCACUAGAUAUGUUCGCCUCGCUGUCGGUCCGCAGUGUUUUCUGCAGCAAGGCUGUUCCUAUAAUUCGACAGAUGAUUGACGUUGCCUCAUCGAAAUACAACCCCCAAUCACUCAGCCACUCUCAAUCCCACCUCCAAGCCCAGGCCCAGGCCCAAGCCCAGGCUCAAGUCCAUCACCAACAAAACCAAGCCAAUAUCCAAUCACAGCCCCACAACCACCUCCUACCAAGCAUUCAACCCCCACUCUCAAUGCCAAACCUCUCCUCGGGGAUGACAAUGCAGGACAACUAUGCCCUCUCACACUCACACUCUCAAUCCGGAUCGCCGGUGCCAACUAUUGCAUCGACCUCCAGUGAACACACCAUGCAUUCCGGUUUUGGGCAGAUGCAUCCACAAAAUUGGAUUGGUCCGACCUCUGUUCCGUGGGAUACGUUAGGGCCUGCCACUGGGGGGUAUGGGUUCGAUUAG